AUGGGCGCUACUCUCUCUUCACCACAACUGGGUGAUGGACUCGUGCUUGUAGCAAAUCCCAACACCACCGGCCCCUUUACUUCAGCCUUUACUGUUGAUGCGUCCGAUACGAAUUCCUUCGGAUUCUCCGCUACCAUGAUGAAUAUGGGUACUGUUUUGCAGGUCCAGUACACAAACACCGCCAACAUUGUCAAGACCGCGACCUGUUCUGCUCAGACCUAUUCGUACAUCACCUACACAGAUUAUUAUGACGACAAUGGCGGUCAUGUUACAUCGACAGGCUACCGAACUGAUGCUGACACCACGUUCGCAAGCAUUUUUUGCCCAAUUGCCAACACUCAGAUCGGUACAGGACCCAUGAUUCUAUCCUUGAGCAAUCGACCUAAUGAUCCGACGUGGUUCCCUAGCCCGGCUACAUACGCUCUAUACUUUGGUCCCACGUCAGUCACAGCAUCACAGGACCCAAUAACGACUACCAGCCUUGUUCCAGGUCAAACAACAUAUUUAGCAACCGUAACUUCGACAGUUUAUGGGACUACAGAGACCGUGGCGAGCACCACAACACUUACUGGGACAUACUCCGCAUCUCGUUGUCCGGUCUUGCCGAUCUCCUCGCCGACAACUCUAUCGACAUCAACGAGAAGUUCUUCCUCUGCGCGAUCUUCCUCUCAGACACACUCCGCGUCAGCUUCUUCAUCGAAGAGUUUGAGCUCGAAAUCGUCCUCAAAGAUCAUCAGCUCGUCUUCCAAAGCUUCGACCUUGUCAAGGACAGCGUCAUCAUCGAAGUCUAGUAGCUCCAAGACAUCAACAAGCUCCCGAAAUGCAUCAAAGUCUGCAUCAUCGAAGGCCUUCUUGACGACUUCAAGUACCAAGACUUCGUCUAAGUCGACUUCUACCAGCAAGAUAUCCGUCUGCAGCACGGGCACUGCUUUGAAGUCACUAUCAAACUAUCCCUCUAUUGCCAGUCAUCUUUGCCAAGAUAUUCUGAGAAGUAAGCGGAGCUUUCCAAGAUCCAUCUCAGUAUGGCCUGCGUCACAAUUAUCCAGCGCAUGUUCCUGCUACGCACAAUCUUCGCCCACGAAUAUCAGCACCCCACCGAGGCCAUCACUGUCUAAAAGGUUUCCAGUGGUCGAAAGGCCCGACGUCUCUUCGAGCAAAGAUUCAACCUUCAGCAACUCCUCAUCAGUGUCUUCGUCUUCCACCACACUUGUUCCAACAACCGUUCUGGGUUAUGGACCCCCAGAUGUGUACUCUAUUCCGACAACCACCAUCUCUACCACUGUAUAUGUCACUGGCAACCGCACUAUUCUACCUACAACUACUACUAUUGUCAGCCUAGGCACCACGACAGUCACUGAAAACUCUACGAUUACAAUCGACCUACGCACAUCGCCCACAACAUGUAUCCCCAAUCUGGAAGAUACGAAAGUAACUCUUUCAGCACGAUCCUUGACAUGUGAGAACCUCAAGCUCCACACUGCAUUCCUCUGGAUUAUGAUGAAGGAUCCUUUUGACUUCUGCGCGUACUAUCUGACCGCAAACCGCAACACUUCACCCCUACUAGAGAUGAGCGCUAGUACGCUCAAGGAUACAUGCAAUUGUCUGGUGACUCACAAGAGCGCGCCGCUGCCUGCGUUCAAGGUCGGACCUCCAUACUCACCGAAGCCAAAGAGACAGUGCAAUCAAUCAGUGGCGUCGCUGAUUAAGGUAAAAUUCAAGGAGCCGAAAACUUUCUGCAAGUACUAUACUAGUACCUCAAGAAAUAUCUCGCCGUUCUCGAUCCUCAGACCUGGAGAUGUGUUUGUUGGAUGCAGUUGUCUGAUUUGA